AUGGGCAAUCGACGCCAAUUCCCCGAUGUGCACUGGAUCUGGAAAGGAGCCAUCUCGUUCGUCUACGAAGUCCAUCCCCGCAUCGUGGUCAAAGUCCCUCAGCCCGGAGAGUUUGAGAGAGAGCAGUUUGAUAAAGAGCUAAAGAUCUAUGAGAUCUUCUCACAACGUCCGCCAUGUCCUUCUAUAAUACAAUGUUUUUACUACACGGACAAGGGCAUCUUCCUCGAGUAUAUGAGAGAUGUGUCCCUUUCUUACAGGAUACAAAACAAUCAUCUUCGGGACCUGCAAACCAGUGCUCUUAUUAAAGUGAAAAAAUUAGAGCCCCUACCUUUGCGGAAGGUAUGGCUGAAUGACCUUGCCCAAGCUGUUGCUUUCCUUGAAUCGCUCAACCUUGCUCACGGCGACCUCCGGCCUGACAAUAUCCUCAUUGACGGCGACUUGCUUAAACUGUCUGAUUUUGACUGUGCAGCUCAAAUUGGGACAGAUUUCGAAGCCUGUAUACCUCCGUAUGGAAGAGUGCUCAACAGCAGCGAAAGCGAUCAAGGACCACGUGGAGGCGCCGGCUUCUUGGGCCCUCGAACAGAGCAGUUCGCUCUCGGUUCCUUGUACUACCUAAUAAACUACGGCUUUGAGGUUUAUGGAGAUCGAUGUCUUACUCCAGAUAACCCCAAGGAGCAUGGACCUAAGGUCGUGAAGUUACUGCAGAACAUGGAAUUUCCGACGCCAGAUGGUGAUCCGGUGAUUGAUGAUAUUAUUGACAAGUGUUGGCAUAAUAAACAUGCAACCGUUGCGGAAUUGGCUGCACACACAGAGAGGCUCCUUGCUAAUGAGACCAACGGGGAACGAACCAACGCCGAAGCUACUUCCAACAAUGGAUGGCGCAUGGUUAUAACCAUCAUUGAUGGGCUGUGGUGGAGCCUUGGGGAUUGGUGGGAGUUUGUACGACGGGGAGGCAGCAAAGAGUCAACCAAUCGCACUGAAUCCAAGGACGACCGCCGUGACAACGCGGAUCAUGACCUUCUACUAGAGGGUUUCUCCUCAAAGAAGGCUUUUUGCGAAGAUUUGGUGAAGUGUGGACUUCUUGACCUACUUUCUUUGGGUGAACCUGAGCAUCUUGGAUUCAGUUUUGACUGGUACAGGCACCUUCAUUGA